AUGUUCAGUUCCAAGUCCCUCCGGCCGUCUACAUCGCCGUUCCGGUCGCGCAAAUCCUCGGCGCCAUCCCCUACCUUCCCCCAACUGAAACGCCCGCCUACUCCUUCCUCAUCGAAGUCCUCCUAUAAGCCUCCGUCGCCGGUUUCUCCGCCAGCAAACACCACCACUACGCAGUUUACAACACAUACUCGGAGCAUUGAUCAUUUUCCGCCUGAUUCAAGCAAAGCUAAAGAGAAUGUGACCGUUACGGUCCGAUUUCGUCCCCUCAGCGGUAGAGAAAUUACUAAAGGAGAUGAAAUAGCUUGGUACGCAGAUGGGGAUUACAUAGUACGGAAUGAAUAUGAUUCCUCUGUUGCCUACGGCUUUGAUAGAGUGUUUGGUCCAGCCACAACUACUCGCAAUGUUUAUGAUGUUGCAGCUCAGCAUGUCGUGAAGGGGGCCAUGCAAGGGAUUAAUGGUACUGUUUUUGCUUAUGGAGUUACUAGCAGUGGGAAGACUCAUACAAUGCAUGGAGAGCAAAAAUCACCUGGGAUCAUUCCUUUAGCAGUGAAAGAUGUUUUUGGUAUUAUUCAAGAGACACCUGGAAGAGAGUUUCUCCUUCGCGUUUCUUACUUGGAAAUUUAUAAUGAGGUCAUAAAUGAUUUGCUUGAUCCAACUGGUCAGAACUUAAGGAUAAGAGAAGAUGCUCAGGGAGUAUAUGUUGAGAGUAUAAAAGAGGAGGUUGUUCUUUCCCCUGCUCAUGCUCUUUCGCUCAUUGCAGCUGGAGAAGAGCACAGACAUGUGGGUUCAAACAAUGUCAAUCUUCUCAGCAGUCGGAGCCACACCAUAUUUACUUUGACUAUUGAAAGCAGCCCGUGUGCAGAAAAUGGGGAAGAAAAUGUGACCUUAUCACAACUUCACUUGAUUGACUUGGCAGGAUCAGAAAGUUCUAAAACAGAGACAACAGGUUUGAGGAGAAAAGAAGGUUCUUACAUAAACAAAAGCUUGCUUACUCUGGGAACUGUGAUUUCCAAACUUACAGAUGACAAGGCUACUCAUAUUCCCUAUCGAGAUUCAAAACUUACACGUUUAUUACAGUCUUCACUCAGUGGACAUGGUCGUGUUUCUCUUAUCUGCACAGUUACACCUGCUUCUAGCAAUUCUGAAGAGACACAUAACACUUUGAAGUUUGCAAAUCGAAGUAAGCAUGUGGAAACUCAGGCUUCUCAAAAUAAGAUUGUGGACGAGAAGUCUCUCAUUAAAAAGUAUCAGAGAGAAAUUGCCAGUUUAAAACAAGAGCUUCAGCAGCUUAAGCGUGGAAUGAUGUCACCUAACCAGGAAGACCUGGUUAACUUGAAGCAACAGCUGGAAGCUGGAAAGGUCAAGUUACAAUCACGAUUGGAGGAAGAGGAACAAGCCAAAGCUGCAUUAUUGGGAAGGAUUCAACGGUUAACAAAAUUAAUUUUGGUAUCCACAAAAAGUACCACCCCUACAAAUGUUCAUGGAAAAUCUGGCCUCAGGCGAAGACAUUCCUUUGGUGAAGAUGAGUUGGCAUACCUGCCGGAUAGGAAAAGGGAGCAUAUCAUUGAUGAUGACACAAGAAGCACUGAUUCUGAAACUUCUACUGGGGGAAGAAGUGACAACCCAAACAUCGACGAGCUAGUAAAAGAUUUCAAAAGAAAUAGCCGGAGAGGGAUGCUAGGUUGGUUUAAAGUCAAAAAGCCAGAGAAUCUGCUUGUGUCAUCAUCAAAUGAUUUUGAGAGUUCUGAGGUUGAUUCACUUGCUUCCUCAUUAUCACAACAUACAGUGACAUAUAGAAAUCUGAAGGAUGGGAGGAUAUCUGUUGGUAGAAAGGACAAUUCAGCCUUUGGUUCUUUUCCGGAAAGAACCCAAGCUGGUGACCUAUUCAGUGCAGCUAUUGGAGGUCUACAUCUCCACCCGACAGGGAGUACCAUAACUGAUCAAAUGGAUCUUUUCCGUGAACAAAUGCGAUUGUUGGCCGGUGAAGUUGCACUGUGUACUAGUUCUCUGAAAAGGCUUUCUGAGCAAGCAACAAAGAAUCCUGAAGAUGUUAAUCAUCAGGACCAAAUGCUGAAACUAAAGAAUGAGAUUAAAGAAAAAAAACAUCAGAUGCGCGUACUUGAGCAACGCAUGAUGAGAUCUGUUGAGAUCACCCCGCAUAUUUCAAACAGCACUGAGAUGUCACAGGCAUUCUUCAAACUUACCACCCAACUUAACGAGAAAAUUUUUGAACUUGAGAUUAAGUCUGCUGAUAACAGGGUACUCCAGGAGCAAUUGCAAUUGAAGAUGUCUGAGAAUGCAGAGAUGCAUAAUACCAUUGUCCUCCUAAGGCAGGAGCUUGAUGCAUUAUCAGAUGAAAGCUCAAGAUACCCUCAACUAAGUAAUCAUGAUGAAAAUGAAAACAAAGGAAAUGAAGAUUUUGAUUCUUAUGACACAAUUGCUGAUGAAAAUACACCGACCAGUGUUGUAAGCCUAAACAGAGCACUUACGUCAGAGGACUCUAAGGAGUGGAACAGCGAAGCUUUUCAGAAUUCUCAGCUUCUUAUUCAGGCUGCUGAGCUAGAAUCACUCAAGGAAGAGAAGGCUGGUCUUGAAGUUCAUAACCAAAAGUUAGCAGUGGAAGCUUCUUAUGCAAAGGAGCUAGCUUCAGCUGCAGCAGCUGAGCUCCAGAAUUUGGCUGAAGAAGUUCAGAAGCUUUCCUACGAAAAUGGCAAGCUGACUGCUGAUCUUGCUUCUUCUGGUAGAGCUAAAAGCUUUCAGAAACCAUUGUCUUUUGACAUGAAGCAAACUGGUGGCCAGUGUGUUGAAUGUUUGAACAAGCCAGAUGGCAGUUUCCUUGUUGAAGAGCUACGUCAAGAACUUAAUGCUAGGCACAAAAGAGAGGCUUCUUUAGUAGUUGCAUUGUCUGAAAGAGACAAAAUAGAAGGUGAAUUACGGAAAAGGUAUGAAGAGGUUAAAAAACAUGAGAAGGAUCUUGAAUAUGAGCUUGCAAAUGCAUGGUUAUUAGUGGCCAAAUUACGCAGGCAAGGUAAUAAUAAUACUGAAGAUGCAUCACCAGGAUAUGCAUGUGAUUUGCAAAGAAUCACUGGUGGAAGUUUUUCAAAUAUGGAACAGAUGGAAACAUGCGAGGAAGGGGAUAAAACUCGUGAGAGCGUACAGUUAAGUGAAUUUGAAGAAUUGAAAUGUCAUUACAAUGCUGAGAGGAGGAGGUGCGAUGAGCUUGAGAGUUUGGUUUUGAGAUUGAAGGGUGAUGAUAUUGGAGGUCUGGAUCUCAAAACUCUUGAAGAAUUGCAGAAUUUCCAUGUUGAGGCUAUCACCAAGAUUUGCCAUGCAAAGUGUAUGAAUCACGUUUCAUCACAGCCUUUUCUGUGCAGUGCCUACUAUUAA